AUGGCUCGUGCUGCUUCGCCGCUCCUUGACCCGCUCGACGCACCAACGAAGAUCAUCAUACUCGACGCUCUCUGGGGCCCGAUUUCCAUCCAAGGCCAUCAAGUCCGUAAUUCUCAUACCUUUGAAGCAUACUGGGCUUUUUAUCAUAGAUCUUGCGAGCAUGCGCUGUACGAUGGUGGGCGGCAUGUACUUGCUCGAACACACGAGGACAUCGUGGAUCUUGCGCAUCUACUCCAAGAGGGACGGUCACGCGACAUAAUCCGGGGUGUGUUGCGUCUGAAGCUGACAAAAGCUCACGACAAUGAAGAUGAGCUUGUAGACCGUGCUAUUGAUCUUGCCGCGAAUUUGUUGCUCAUGGUCGACUUCGACAGCAUCGAGUAUGGUUUUAGUGGUAGACAGCAAAUCGCAUGGAGUACUGGAUCGCUAGGAGACUGCGUCGCGUCAUUCUUCGGAUCCGCACCAGUACUCGGUCACGAGAGCGUCAAGCUACACCGUGUGUUCAAUGCUUUGAACUUGGGUCGGAUAGCUGGAGUCGAAAUCGUGCCUACAACGAACCUGCUUGAUCAUCUACGUCUGACAGAUGAUGAUACGAAACUGUACAUUUUCCAUCAUGCGUCGUUUUUGAAGCAUCAAUCACAGAGUACCAUCUUGCCAAAAGGUCUCAUUGAAGAGACUCUCCGUACCCUUGCACUACUAUUUCCCCAAUCAGACCCUGCUGUGCGAAAAUGGUACCGCUCAUUGCCCACACCUUUUACUCUCGAUCCUCAACUCAUGCUCUGUGGGCAUCUCAAGACUGACGAUCGACAAAUUGAGACUUUCGUUUAUUGGCAUGAUCGUAUAGUUGUAUUGAAGCAAGUCUUCGACGAAGCCACACCACGAACAUUGUCGCAAUGGUGGCAUGAUCGCCGUAAUGGAGUGCAGUGGUAUACAUUUUGGAUUGCGAUUGUGGUCCUGGGUUUCACCUUGUUCUUCGGUCUGAUACAAAGUAUUGAAGGUGCUUUGCAAGUUUACGGCACUUUUUAUGGCGAGAAAGGGUCCUGA